CUGGGAGCCGCCUCCCGCCACCGCGCCGCCGAGGAGGUGCGCGCCGACUUCCAGCGCAGGGUGCCCUACAGCUACCUGCAGCGCGCCUACAUCCAGCUGAACAAGUUGGAGGAGGCAGCAAAUGCAGCUCACACCUUCUUCAUGGCAAACCCCGAGCACAUGGAGAUACAGCAGGACAUUGAGAACUACAAAACCACGGCAGGGAAGGUCAGCUUGAUUGACUGGGAGGCCAAGCAGCACAUGGAGGACUACAGUGCCGGAGUAAGGCACUACGACAAGGAGGAGUAUGAGCUGGCCAUUGACUUCUUGGAGCGUGCAUUGGAAGGAUACUACUCUGAGGAUGAAGAUUGCCAGAUCAUGUGCGAGGGACCACAGAGAUUUGAGGAGCAUGAGUACCUGGAAUAUAAGGCUGGCCUCUACGAAGCUAUUGCAGAUCACUACAUGCAAGUCCUGGCCUGCAAACAUGACUGUGUCCGGGAACUCGCCACACGUUCGGGCCGAAUCUCGCCCAUCGAAAAUUUCCUCCCCCUCCAUUACGACUACUUGCAGUUUGCCUAUUACAGAGUUGGUGACUACAUAAAAGCCCUGGAGUGUGCCAAGUCCUACCUCCUCUUCCACCCGGAUGAUGAAGAUGUCUUGGAGAACGCAGGUUAUUAUGAGGGCCUCUUGGAAGGUACUGUGGAUCCAGGCUCCAUCAAACCCAGAAAGGAAGCAAAAAUGCUGCUGCGGCGCCAUAAGCUGGAGUCUCACCUCUUGCAGGUGGCUGCGGCCGGCCUUGGAUACACCUACACGGAGCCGAACUACUGGAACAGGUACGGCGCCCGCCAGGAUGAGCACAGUGUCCCAUCAAGUAUUAGCAGUGAACCAGAGGAUGGGCCCCGGCUGUCCCUGGCAAAGAAACCCAUGCCAAAACCAGAUCGAGAGUUGAAGGAGGGGGGUCCGCUUCUCUACAGCGACGUGAAGUUCGUCUACAACUCACAGCAACUGAACGGCACCCAGCGAGUGCUACUGGAUAACGUCAUCUCGGAGGAACAGUGUCGAGAGCUUCACAGGGUGGCCAGUGGGAUCAUGUUGGCUGGAGACGGUUACAGGGGUAAAACCUCCCCCCACACCCCAAAUGAGAGAUUUGAAGGAGCCACCGUUCUCAAGGCCCUCAAGUACGGAUAUGAGGGCCGUGUCCCGCUGAAGAGUGCCCGGCUCUUCUACGACAUCAGUGAGAAGGCUCGCAGGAUCGUCGAGUCCUACUUCAUGCUGAACUCCACACUCUACUUCUCCUAUACCCACCUGGUGUGCCGCACUGCCCUCUCUGGCCAGCAGGAGAGGAGGAAUGACCUGAGCCACCCCAUCCAUGCUGACAACUGCCUCUUGGACCCUGAGGCCAAUGAGUGCUGGAAGGAGCCUCCUGCCUACACCUUUCGGGAUUACAGUGCCCUCCUGUACAUGAACGCAGACUUUGAAGGAGGCGAGUUCAUUUUCACUGAGAUGGAUGCCAAAACUGUGACGGCCUCCAUCAAGCCCAAGUGUGGACGAAUGAUCAGCUUCUCAUCGGGCGGCGAGAACCCCCACGGGGUGAAGGCAGUUACCAAAGGUCAGCGGUGCGCUGUGGCUCUCUGGUUCACCUUGGACCCGCUUUACAGAGAGCUGGAGCGAAUCCAGGCAGAUGAAGUGAUCGCAAUGUUGGACCAGGAGCAUCUAGGACCCAGCGAAAUGAACAUCAACCCAAAGGAUGAGCUAUGAACUAGGCCAAAGACUUUUUCUAUUAAAUAUUUAUUUAAUAUUGUUAAUCUUAUUAGAACCCUUCUAUUUUUGUACAGAGUGCUGUAUAAAUUAACAAGUUAAUAAGAUUGUGGAGUUUCAGGAGUGCCUCUCCUGUGUUUAGUACAGCUCUUGCUGGGACCCCUCAACUCUGUGCCAGCAUCUCUUGCUGUGACUUUGCUUCUGGAAUUCCCUGAUGCUGGUAGAACCCAAGGUUAGAAGUCAUCAUUUCCAGGUCCAUGUUGGAAAGUAGCUGAAAGGCUCAGGGAUGUUACCGUGCCAUGGUAUUGGGUGAUCAUGGUGCAACUUUGUGCUCCGGGUGUCCUGACUGCAUCCUCCUGUCCUGAUAGUGCAGGAGCAGCAGUGUUCAUGGUGUGGUAGCAUCUAUUUCCUCAGAGUAUUUCUGACCCAGGCUGAGGGUGUUGCAGUGAAAGCACAUGCUGCUUAUCACAAGGAAUUUACUAUGCCAGUAACUGCUGCUAAGCUAGUAAACCAUCCCUCUCCCACCAUUAAAUUAACUCCUGUGUGUGGGAUCAGAGCAGCCCCUACCAUAGUCAGAACGAACACUGAAAUCACAGAACUGCCCACAUCCCAGACAUACGGACAGAUUGUAUUUUGACCAACAGCUGCUUCUGCUGCUAGAAAGCAGUUUCUAAAAGGCAGGUUGCAGCAGUCUUUGCUGUUGAAUUUACUGCAAGGCUGCUGUCUCUCGAGAAAGCACUGCAGGGAUCUUGGCUGGAGUUAGCAUCCCUGAGCAGGUUUGCUCAGCUCCCUGCUGCAUUGGCACUUUCUCAGGCCUUUUCUGAUCCCCUCUGCCAGCUUUGGCAUUCCCAGGAUUUAACAUCUGUAAUAGGGAAUUGUCAUUUCUCUUUAUUCAUACAGCUUGUGCCUAUCCAAAUCUUUCAGGCUCAGCAGCAUCCUCUUCUCAUCCGGUCACUAGCUCCAGAGCCGUAGACAAGGAUGGUCCUUCUGCAGAGACCUCAAAAGCUGGUCCUGGGCAAGAUAAAGGGGAACUCGGUGCAUCUGGAAAAAACAAAUGCCCAGACUGUGAAGAUGCCACCAUUAAUGUCUAGAAAAUGAUGGGUCAUUUGCUGCACCUCCUCCAAUGUGGAAUUUGCAGGGGCAAAAGUACUGAAUGUUUCUGAGCCACCAGUGUAGCUUGUUUCUUGGAAAUUAGAUCUCCCUUCCUCAUAGACUGUUGAAAAGAUUCAUUGCAUUGGCUCCCAAAAGAACUGCCCAGAGGUCUCUGCUUUCAGAGACCCUUCCCUGCUUAAGUGCUUCCCCUGUAAAUGCUUAGCCCACCUUUUCUAAAAUAGCUGGAAGAAAAGCUGGAGGGAAGAAGGGGAGGGCAGCUGGAGAGCUGAAACUGUGCUUGUGUUGUCUCCCAUCUGCACUACGCUAUUACAUCCAAGGCUUGACUCCUACAUGCUGCACUUUCAGCAUGAGUUUGAGCUGUCAUCCCCCAACACCCACAUCUGCCUGAGUGCAUCCUGCAGAGCUGUCCCCUCCAAGCAGCUCGGUGCAGCCCCUGCGCUGCCAGGGGAUCCCACCAGCUGGCCCUCCUGCUGGGACGUGGUGGGGCAUCACAGGUCAUGGUUUGUUUGCUUCUGUGGUGGUUAGCCAGAGCUGUGUCUAAAUCCAGGCGAAAUAAACUAAACACAACAUCUGGGCCUGUCUUUGUCUUUCUUUAGACAAAUAUUAGAAGGGGAGUCUGGGGGUUAUGUGGUUUGUCUCACGAUGGUGCCUCUUCCUUUGGGGUUUCCUGCUCCAGUCCCUAUAGCACACACGUGCAUCCCCAUCCUGGAGGAAAGACCGAGGCACCGAUGUGGCCAAGAUUAAGGAAAGCUCUGUGUGUUCAUUUGCCUGCCUCUCCAUCUCCUUUGCUGUGCAUCCAGCCACCUAAUAACUUGUGCACCAUUGGCACACUUCAGGCAAUUUGGAGAGCAGGAGGAGGGUGUCACAGCCCCUGUGCACUGCUGGGGUGUGCUGCAGGCUUGGAGUGAAGCUUUGGUGGAGAACAGAGGAGCAGCCUCAGAAGGAUGUAACUUUUUGGGACUCAAUUGCAAACACGAACCCUAAAUCCUGGGCCAUGCUGUGCACCCCGCUGCUCUGCUGCUGAGACCUGCCUUCGGCCCGUGCCAGGGUGAAGCCAGGAAACAGGAAUGCGGUGAGUCAAAGGCACUUUCCUGUUUGUUUUUCCAGCUCUCUGCUCUGGCAAAGUCUAGCUGAGAAGUGGAUUUGUAUUUCUGCUGCAACAGCAGAGGUGGUUGCCAAAUUUAUUGGCACACUGUAGCCUCAUAGGAGCAAGUUACAGAGCUCUUUGGGAUGUGCACCAAAAUACAGUGUAGGCUUUUGGGUCUCUGCGGGAGAGCUGAGCACGCACACGAUCAAUGUGAUCAGGCAAAGCCCGUUUAUUACAACUAAGAAAGC